UAAUCACUCCCAAAAAUACGCACUUCAUUAACUCUGAGCUCUCGGCUUGUUUAUACCAAAUCAAUCCUCCAAAAACCGAAUCACAAAAGAAAAAGAAAACAUGAGCUCUCAGAUUUGCAAGUCUGCUUAUAGAGCUAUCCGAUCACUCCUUUCGGCUUCCAAGAACUCUCGAUUUUGCUCCGCAGAAGGGCGAGCAGUGGCCGCAGCGGCGGCGGCAGCAGCAGUUUCAGUUAACAGUAAGGUGCCUCCUUUAGCUUCAGCUUAUGGAAAUGGUGGUUCUGCCAAUGCAUCUAGAAGAUGGCUUUCAGGAGUGUUUGCUCUUCCUGUGGCAGCUUACAUGGUUCAGGAAGAGGAGGCUCAUGCAGCAGAGAAUGAGCGCACCUUCAUUGCUAUCAAGCCUGAUAGAGUACAAAGAGGCUGUAUUGCAGAAAUCAUAUCUCGUUUUGAGCGCAAAGGGUUCAAGCUCGUGGCUAUCAAGAUUAUGGUUCCUUCAAAGGAAUUUGCUCAGAAACAUUACCAUGACUUGAAGGACAGACCCUUCUUCAAUGGCCUCUGUGGAUUCCUCAGUUCAGGACCUGUGAUUGCCAUGGUGUGGGAAGGAGAGGGAUUCAUAAAAUAUGGUCGGAAACUAAUCGGAGCAACCGAUCCUCAGAGAUCGGAGCCCGGAACCAUCAGGGGCGAUCUAGCAGUGGUCGUCGGAAGAAAUAUAAUUCACGGGAGUGAUGGUCCGGAGACUGCAAAGGAUGAAAUCAACUUAUGGUUCAAGCCACAAGAACUGGUUAACUACAGAAGCAACGCAGAGAAAUGGAUCUAUGGAGUCAAUUGAUGAAGCACCUUUUUGUUUGCAUUAAUGAUUAAUCAUUAGCUGCAGAAAUUUCUGGUUUCGGAUU